GUAUUUUUUUGACAUUUCAGACUGUACGGUAAAAAUACUUGCGUCUGUAAUACGUCGAACAAAAUUUAAAAACAAUUCAAAUAACCUCAAAUUGACAAAACAAUAAAGUUUUUUAUUUUCUUACCGUAUAAACGGUGCAAAAUUUUUGCAAUUAAUACGAAUCCACAUACAUAAAUUUAAUACGUUUUUAUAAUACAAUGAUAUUUUAAGUUCACUUAAAUGUUUUUCGGUUGUCUGUGAAACAUCAAAAUUAUUGGCCAAGAUGACUUCAGCCUGGUUUAAACCGGAAUUGGCGGAACUUAUAAUCAACCAUGGCGAUAUAUUUAAUGAAACACACAGCAUUAUCGCUGACAUUGUAUCAGGCCACCUAGACAUCGCAGAUCUCGUAGAAAACAUGGCGGGCGUCUUAACAAACAAAGAACCAGAAAACCGAGAGAAAGGGAUGCGUUUCUAUACUAAAAUAUUAAAAGAACUUCCUCGAGAUUAUUUAAAUGACAUGCAAGUCAAGUUUAUAUCUAAGUUCUAUAUAGACAGACUGAAGGACAAUCACCGAGUAGUUCCACCAGUGAUAGAAGGAUACUCAGUGUUGAUUGACAUGUCUGAGUACAAUAUACAAAAUUGUACUGAUUUCCUGACUAUACUUUUCCGAGAGGUGACAUGUCAGUCGCAGACAAGACAGGAUAGAUAUAACAUCUAUGUGAUCAUACAGAAGUUGUGUAAUAAGGAUAUUGAAUACCUAAAAAGCCUCGGCUCAGACUUCGUAUACGGAGUUAUAACGGCUAUGGACGGUGAACGAGACCCUCGCAAUCUAGUCUUCCUAUUCGAGUUCCUACAAAACUUCAUAAAGAUCUUUCCUCUUGGCCAUUUGGCUGAAGAAAUGUUUGAUGUAAUCUCUUGUUACUUUCCUAUUGACUUCCAUCCGUCAAAUGAUGAUCCUGCUGCGGUGACGAGAGAAGACUUGGCCAACUCUUUAGCGCCCUGUUUGUGUGCCAUACCAGAGUUUGCAGAUUCCUGUAUCAUUCUCUUGAUUGAGAAGUUGGAUUCUAACUUGAGGUUGGCCAAAAUUGAUUCUUUGAAGUUGUUGAUCGAAAGCUGUAAAACAUUCACACCGCAAUCAUACAGUCCAUUUCUGAGAGCUCUGUGGUCUUCACUCAACAGAGAGAUGUCGCACAAAACUGAUGACGAACUUAAAACCACGGCGCAUGAGGCAUUGGGAGCAUUGGUUGCUAAAAUGGCGUCAACCGCUAACACAGACCAAGACUUUGAAAAUUUCCUAAAAGGGGUCAUUAUUUCUGCACAAAGCACUAUAGCGGAUGCGACCACCGUUGCGCAGUUCGUCAAAGGCACGAAGAUUCUACUAACUGCCGCAAAUGCUUCCAAUCAAUCCUGUGCCUCAAUCACUAGAGCUAUGGUCCCCGCAACAGUAGCGUAUUACGAACUCAAAACUGCGCCAAAAUUGCAAAUAGCAAGUUUGGACUUUAUUGGAGACUUGUAUGAGAUUGCUAAUAAGAAAGGCUUGUUGGACGAAGUAAAAGCACAGAUAACUAACGUUCCACAGAUAUGCCUGUCGGCUGUUAGCCAAACCUCGAAAGAAUUCCAAAUGGCUGGCUUCAAAACUUUAAUAAGAGUGCAGGAAUGUUUGGGCGAGGACCUUGUAUUGCCUUUUGUCGAGGUGCUGAUCUACAAUGUCCAACAUGCACAAGAUAAUGACCUGCUCGGUAUCAGCGUGGAAACGAUACACGUAAUAGCAAGGAAAUAUCCCGAACUAAUCAUGGACUUAGUUGUCAAAGGAAAAUGCAGUAUAGACAACAUAUCGCAGGACAAAAUUGCCUUUCAGAAACGCUUAAACGUGCUCACAAACUUAGCGAGUAUAGACGAUUUUACUAAAGUUAUAAUUGAAGAAAUGCUAAAGAUAAUUACGGCAAAUGACCCUGAGGCUUUGCAUGUCGUUGAGGCACUAAGUGGAUCCAUUUCCAUGGCUAGUGUGUUUACUAUAGAAAAAGUUACGCAGAUAGAAAGCGAUCAUGGAUUGAUAGAUCCUGUACUAGAUUGGUUGUAUAAAGAAAUCUCGUCGUCAAGUCCAGACGCUUUAGCACAUGGGUAUACAUUAAUAGCGAACACUAUAGGGAGCUUACCUCCAGAAAAACAGGAGAACAUUCUAAUUAAACAUACGCCUCUAGCUUUAGAAAGGUGUAAACAGGACGAUAUAUAUUUCCUUAUAAUUGAAUGUUUGUACACUCCGUUGCAUCAAAUCGUGUACAAUUCUAAGUUCGAGGAGAUUAUGACGGUGUCCUUGCAGGUCGCUUUAAAGAGUGAUAAAGACGUUGUAAGGACGAAGGCGUGCGUGUUAAUCGCACAUUUAUUGAAUAAGGCUGAACAUGGUCAGAAGUUUGAAUUGCUAUAUGAAAUGUUGAAAACUCAGUUGGCGUCGUGUAAUAGGGGAGAUGAGAAACUAUGUCCAAGAUUGAUACAGUUAUAUGGGUGGAUCACUAAGUCUUUGCUGAUGAGAGGCAGCGAUGUGUUCUUGUUUUGGUUGCAGAAGAUUGUAGGAAUAUUAGCUACUCCACAAUACUGUACGCACGGUUCGGAAGCCAUUAAACUAAUAAUGAACGAGAAUACAGAUUAUUUGAACAGAAAGCAGCACUGUAGGAUAAGUCUCUUAUACAAACAGAGGAUGUUCGAAACAUUCUCCGUAUUGACUGAAAAAAUUAAGUCUAACCUAUCGGCUGAAACAAAAGAAAGUUAUUUGCUCAGUUGGGCGUAUGUACUAGACAAGGCACCGAAGACUGUACUUAAAAAUGAGGCUAAUAAGGUUGCACCAAUAGUCAUAGACUGCCUAGAAUACGACAAUAAGGACAUGUUGCAAGUGUCCCUCGACGUGUUAUGUCACUUUGUGCAGUCCAAUCCCACAGCGGUGUCAGACAGCCUACAGACUAUACUGCCUAGGUUAAUCGCUUUGAGCAAAUAUAUGAAGUCUAUGGAUGUUAGAAUAAAGAGUUUAGAGUGCCUUUACGACAUAGCGAAUACUUUCCGAACUUCGACCUUAUUGCCAUACAAACAAGACGUAUUAUUAGAUCUAGCGCCCUCAUUGGACGACAAGAAGAGGCUAGUACGUAACGUCGCCGUACGAGCGCGUUCGCGUUGGUUCCUUGUAGGUGCACCAGGCGAAGAAAAACCAAAUUAGACAAAUCAGGAUCAAGCAAUUUGAACAUAGCAACACUACGUUAUAAACGUCAAAUUCGAAUUGACACGUGUAAUCAAAAACGUACUGCUUGUCUUAUUUUAAAUUUAGAACGUUGUUGUUUUUCUUUGUUGUAUUUAAAUCUUUUGUUUAUUAUCUAUUAUUGUUAGUUGAUGACAAUGCAAUGGCAGUUACUUUAAAAUGUAAACAAAAGUAAAGAGAAAAUAAUAAAAUUAUAGUAAUCAGUUUCUUGAAAUGGGCCACAUUUUGAUUAAUAUUUUAGAAUGCAAUAUCAAUAGCCAUCUCUUUCUUACAUUCCUUAACUUUUUUCGUAUAAUUGUCUAUUGAAGUAAUGUUAACAUCUAUCUAGUGUCUUGUCUUUUCAUCCAAAUCUGUGAGUUUCCCUACCAUUCACGUUUAAUGCCGCCUUAAAUGCAAUUCAGUUGCAGAAAAAAAGCAAUAAAAAGUUGGCCUGUUUAAGAAUCCUAUUAUUAAAAUAGAAAAAUGUUAUUAUAUAGUCGAAUUUGAUUCGUGAUCUGAAAACAGGUAGUUAUAAUAUACCAAAUUGUUAUUACAUAAUAAAUAUGUAUGUUUCCUUGUCCUUGUUGACAUAGAAAUGCUUUCCGAAAUUAUGUACAUUAAUAAAUUGUAU